GGCAAGUUGCCUUUGAACAACUCUCUCAAGAUCAACUGCCGCCCCAUCUCAUUCCUUGCCCCGAAGCUGUUUCCUCUGGUUGUGCUGAGGGCUGAUGCCCAAAGCGCCUCACUUUUCAAGAAUUGGAUCAUGAACAACUUUAUCCUCCUGGAAGAACAGCUCAUCAAGAAAUCCCAACAAAAGAGAAGAACGUCUCCCUCGAACUUUAAAGUCCGCUUCUUUGUGUUAACCAAAACCAGCCUGGCGUACUUUGAGGACCGUCAUGGGAAAAAGCGCACUUUGAAGGGCUCCAUUGAGCUUUCCCGAAUCAAAUGUGUUGAGAUUGUGAAAAGUGACAUUAGCAUCCCUUGCCACUAUAAAUACCCAUUCCAGGUUGUGCAUGACAACUACCUCUUGUACGUGUUUGCUCCAGACCGUGAGAGCCGGCAGCGCUGGGUGCUGGCCCUGAAAGAAGAAACGAGGAAUAAUAACAGUUUGGUGCCCAAGUAUCAUCCUAAUUUCUGGAUGGAUGGGAGGUGGAGGUGCUGUGCUCAGAUGGAGAAGCUUGCCGUAGGCUGUGCCCAGUACGACCCAACCAAGAAUGCAUCAAAGAAGCCUCUUCCUCCUACUCCUGAAGACAACAGGCGAUCACUUCAUGAACAUGAAGAAACCCUGGUCAUUGCCUUGUAUGACUACCAAACAAAUGACCCUCAGGAACUCACGCUACAGUGCAAUGAUGAAUACUAUCUACUGGACAGUACUGAGAUUCACUGGUGGAGAGUACAAGACAAGAACGGGCACGAAGGAUAUGUACCAAGCAGUUAUCUGGUGGAAAAGUCUCCAAAUAACCUGGAAACCUAUGAGUGGUACAAUAAGAGUAUCAGCCGAGACAAAGCUGAAAAACUUCUUUUGGACACAGGCAAAGAAGGAGCCUUCAUGGUACGAGAUUCUAGGACUCCAGGAACAUAUACUGUGUCUGUUUUCACCAAGGCCGUCGUAAGUGAGAACAAUCCCUGUAUAAAGCACUAUCACAUUAAAGAAACGAAUGACAAUCCCAAGCGAUACUAUGUGGCUGAAAAGUAUGUGUUUGAUUCCAUCCCUCUCCUCAUCAAUUAUCACCAGCACAACGGAGGAGGCCUGGUCACGCGACUUCGCUACCCAGUUUGUUCUUGGAGGCAGAAAGCUCCAGUGACAGCAGGGCUGAGAUACGGGAAAUGGGUGAUUCAUCCGUCGGAGCUCACAUUUGUGCAGGAGGUCGGCAGUGGACAGUUCGGCUUGGUGCACCUUGGCUACUGGCUCAACAAGGACAAGGUGGCCAUCAAAACCAUUCAGGAAGGAGCUAUGUCAGAAGAGGACUUCAUAGAGGAGGCCGAAGUCAUGAUGAAACUCUCUCACCCCAAACUGGUCCAGCUCUAUGGGGUAUGCCUAGAGCAGGCCCCCAUCUGCCUGGUGUUUGAAUUCAUGGAGCACGGCUGCCUGUCGGACUACCUGCGCAGCCAACGGGGACUCUUUGCUGCAGAGACCCUGCUGGGCAUGUGCCUGGACGUGUGCGAGGGCAUGGCCUACUUGGAAGAGGCGUGUGUCAUCCACAGGGACCUGGCUGCCCGAAAUUGUUUAGUGGGAGAAAACCAAGUCAUCAAGGUGUCCGACUUUGGGAUGACAAGGUUCGUCCUUGAUGAUCAGUACACCAGUUCCACAGGCACCAAAUUCCCAGUCAAGUGGGCAUCCCCGGAAGUCUUCUCAUUCAGUCGCUAUAGCAGCAAGUCAGAUGUGUGGUCAUUUGGUGUGCUGAUGUGGGAAGUCUUCAGCGAAGGCAAAAUCCCAUAUGAAAACCGAAGCAACUCUGAGGUGGUGGAAGACAUCACCACUGGAUUUCGGUUGUACAAGCCCCGGUUGGCCUCCUCGCAUAUCUACCAGAUCAUGAAUCAUUGCUGGAAAGAGAAACCGGAAGACCGACCUUCUUUCUCCAGACUCUUGAGUCAACUGGGUGAAAUUGCAGAAUCGUGACUUUAGCAGCCUCGGCCACAGAUCCCAAGUGGGGGGAAGGACGCCCUCCCUCCAUAGAGCAUUAAAAGCUGCCAGCAGCCCAGGACUCCCCAGAGGCAGCUGGCCUGCGGCACCAGUCCCUGAGCUGCCACGGAUGCAGCACGCUGACAGAGGCUGGCACUGGGCCACAGGCAGGAGACUCAGCCAAUGAACUGGGGACGGGGCCAGGGCAGCUUCCUCCAGACCACCCUCUUCUCACCCUGCUGUCUCCAGCCUCUUAUCUUGCAUGGUGCACAAAUCCCAACCUGACAGCUUUCAGGCAACAUUUCUUGCACUUCUUCUUAGAGAAAGGGAGCGACGGGGUGGAAUCCUGGAUUAUUAUUUUUAUUAUUAUUUUAAACAUGGAUAUGAAGUUUAUGGUCAAGGGACUUUUUAUGUGACUCAACAACACAGGAUCCCAAGCUGUGGGGCAAGAGGAGCGAGGAGAGUGACUCUUUUUCAAGGAGAACUGUGAGUUAAUGAAGGUCAGAAAGAGUAAGCUCUGCUGCUGCGAUGCUGUCAGCCACAGCUUCCUGCCCUGGAGGACCAUGGAACAGCAGCUCAUAUCAGAGGCCGGAUAUUCUGAGAAGCAGCUUUAUAAGGUUUUUCUCAGAGGACACUGCCACCUCUGUCCUUGAAGGAAGCAUGAUGGACUCAGGUGAACAAUUUUGAUCCCACGGUUGGAGCAUCGGGUAUCUGGUGUCUGGGCAGAAAAGGGGCAUCUGAUGGUAGGGAACCAACCGGUACAGAGAAAGGCCUUAGGUUGUUACCACUCCGAUGCUCAUUUUAGUACCAUGCCAUGCGGGUGACUAUGCCUUGCCUUCUGCACAGAAUGCUUCUGGGGGCAUCCGGAGGAAGUGGUUGCUUCUGAGCCCUCACUCUGAGGACUCUGCCAUCGCCCACCCCACCUCCAGGAAUCAGCCCCCUCUCUCUGCACUCUUCCGCCCUCAUCAACAGAGGGCAGCAUUGUGCUGGGUAGUGUGGCCUUGCACAGGAAUUGGAGCCUCUUGAAGCCCUAGAGGUUUGCACCUUUAAGGUUGAGACUUCAAGUCUCCCAAAAUUGGGGAGAGGAAGAAGGGGUGUGUUCUUGUUCAAACAAUCUGGAUGGAAACUGAGUCAGGCACUGAGUGGGGUGCUUCUAAGAUGCACAAGGAUGCCCACUGUUGACUGAGCACUUAUAUAUGCCAAGUGAAUAUUUGCUGAGCUAUAAGCCUUAUCUGCAGAAUCUUAGUUCACCCUGCAUUCGCACCAACCCCAUGAGAUAGUAGUAUUAUUAUUCCCAUUUUACAGGUAGUAAAACUGAGGCUUUAAAAAGUCAGGACACCUGCCGGAAGUGCCAGAGCUGGGCAGGAUAGAGCUGGAUUCUAGCCCACACCUGUCUUACUCCAGUGCACCAUGUCUCUGUUCCUAUUCAACACUGCCUUGUACUGAGGAUGAAAGGGAUUGCAGAGGAGAUAAAUACAGCAGAGAGGAAAAAGGCAGAGAAAGCCAACAAAGAUGUCAACGUGAGGGCCACCAGCAAGUGGAGCUGCUCCCACACAGACCACUGUGGUUGGCGCUUGUAGCCCUCCAACUUAAAAUAGGAUCUUCCCUUUACUCAGCUGUAGCCUCCCCUUUGUUGGCGUUAAUGAGCUUGGAUUUACUCAGUUAAUUAACCCUUUGGUUCACCCAAUCCACCAGAGUCAGGUCACAUGAAGCCAUUUAUAGGUGAGCUUCAAAGCAGCACAGAAAGAUUCUCCCGCAGAAGUAUGAAUGCUUCUUGUAAUUAUCAUUCCAACUCUGAGCUGGCUGCAGUCUUCUUGGAUACUUGAUGGGGAAGAGUUUUCCCUGAUGUAAGAGAGAGUUCAUUUUCCUGCAGUGUUCAGAUAAAACUCUUGGAGAGGUUAUCGGGUGCUGUUGCAACCUGCUCUUUCUAAAUCAUGUGAUAUUUUGGCCAGCUGGACAUUCAGGUGCGUAACUUUUAACUAUAAUUAUUGUAAACCUGGGAGCCUCAAGAUAGAACUCCAUCAUUCAGCAGAGGAUCUUACUCAACUUAUCCAAAACCAUCCCUGUGAACUUUCUGGUGUUUUGUGCAUUCUCUCUGGAACCCUUAAUUAGAGAUGGUUUCUGGAACAUACAGCCUAGAAGGAAAUCUUCGGAAUUGACUGAUUUCUGUGAUCUGGUUUAGAAAACUCCCCCUUGCAUGGUAUUAUCUUGAUCAAGCUCAGAUUCAUCAGGGCCUUAACUGAAAACAUGUCGAUAGUUCACCUCCCAGUGUCCUAUCCUGUAAAACGGGCUUCUUGCCUAUUUUUUUUGGUUGUUUGUAUUUUUCCCUCACAUUUUGAAAAUGGUGUCAUGUGUAUUCACAGGGAAUUCCCUUAUAAAAGGUUUUGGUUCUAGAUGUAUUUUAUAGAUUUUGCCUUUUAUACCUUUUGAGACUAUGUAUUUAUAUAUGCAUAGACUGAAUAUUUAUUAAUGUACAGUCAGUACUAGUUCACAAUAAAAAUGUUACAAAUAUCUCUUACACUUUGUAAAGCACAUGAAGUUAAA